AUGGGUUGGGUCAAAGUCAAUACUGAUGGUAGCUUUAUGUCUCCUAAUGCUGGCUUUGGAGGGGUUUUCAGCAACACUAGAGGUGAACAGUCUAGAGGUGAUUGCUUCCUAUAUUUUCAGUCUCCUGCCAUAGCUGAAGACCCUCUAAAAGCGGAAGCCCAAGUUGUCUUUUGGGAUGUUUUCUUGGCCAUAAAAUGCAGGUGGAAUCUCUUAAUGGUGGAAACUGACUCUAUGAUCUUACUUAACAUCCUGGAAGGAAGGAUUUCUGCCCCUUGGUAUCUAAAUCAGUGGAUCACUGGUAUACAAACCUUGAGACUGAGGAUAAAGCUGUCCCUUUCUCAUACUUUUAGGGAGGGUAAUAAACCUGCCAAUUGGCUUGCUAAGGUUGGUCUCCAUACUCAGAACCCCAUCAUUGAUACUUGUACCACUCCCCAUUUAGAGUUGUUGUUUAAAGGAGAUCUUGUUGAUCUACCUUUCCUUGGAUUUUUGCCACUAUAA